AGGAAGAUUAUCUUAUUUUUCCGGUAAUAUUCUGCGAACAAAAGUUUUUUGAAGAAUAUUAAAAAAUUCUAUAAUUUUAUUAUUUGCUCCCAUUCAUUUACAAUCACAAUGGAAUACACUAAUGAUUUGGCCAUUUUCGAAGGUAUUGUUGAUGCUGCGGAUGAUGUUAUUUCCAUAUCGGAAAUAGUAGAAAAAUCAGGUAAUGAGCGUCGGAUAGAUUACCUGCUCACUCGCAUACAAGAAUUUAUCAAGGAAGUGGAAUAUUGUCGAGAUGGCGAAUACAAGCAAGAUGUGCACAAUAAGCUGAGGCAGUUAGCUCUAUUUGUUAUUUUUAGUUCAAAUUUACCAGUAUUAGAAACAAUGAAAGAGAAUCCGAACCUAGAGCUACUUAUUGGAACACUACCUACUCUACCCGGGUAUGUCAUGUGCGAAAUAUUGUGGAAUCUUAAUAUUGAUACAAUUAUUGGUGAAGUAUUAUUCUCUACUCAUCCAAUGCUUGCCGUGGAAGUUGCAACAUCACUUAUAGAGAACUUCAAGUACUUUAGUCCCACUGAUUGCUUACAAAGGCUACAUUUGUUAACUGCCUCGUGCUACAAACUUAUUUAUCAAAUUAUAUUCCUUAAAUUAGAUACUAAAGUCAUAAGUCGAGCUUAUGAUAAUUUUUUGUUAUGUUUGAAGUACUUCAUGGAACCACCGAAUUCUCACAAACUGGAUAAUAUAAAUGAAGAUGAUUUAUAUAAAUACAUUGGAGAUAGAAUACAUGCUUAUCUUUUUGUACUAAAUGAUUGUUUCUUCAUUUUCACUAAAAAAGAUGCUCAAACACUGGAAAUUAACGAGAUAUACCUUUCAACUAUACCUACAGAAAUAAUAAAGGAUGAGUGUUUAAGUUUAUGUGAUGCUGACAAGGAGCCGGAUAUUAAACUUGUUAAGGAACAUUUAGUUAAAUGUAAUACAGCUCUCCAAGAAACUAGUAAAUCUCUACUCUCUGAUGUUAGUAUAGAUGUCUUUUGUUCGUGGAGUGAGUUUGAGGAAAAUGGUGUAAGCCUACAAAAUAAAAUUGGAGAUGUAGCUUACAAAAUAACAACAAACUAUCCUGAAUUCCUCAAUGAAAUUGAACAUGUGUGGGUCAUAUUACAGCUAAUCUCCACUAAGCCAAAAGAUUUAAAAGAAAUCAUAAAUGAAGUGGACACAAAAACUAUUGAAGAAACAAUUUCUAAAGACACUGAUGAAAGUGUUGAGUGGUUAAAAGCUUUGAUUUAUAGAGAAAGUCUUUGCACAGAGGAAAGUUUACUUAGUAGAAUAUACACUCAUAUACAUGUAUACAAUAAUGAUGAAGCUUGUCAACUAUAUGACAUCCUGUAUUGCAAUUUUAAAAAGUCUGAGACACAAAGCGAGAGUGUUAAAUCACUAGCAAUAAAGUGUUUCGAGAACUGCACUGGUGAAACCAAACAAAGGUUGCUUGAUAAACAUUUUGACCAUGUUUUUAAUGACUCUCUGACUACUGAAGAUUUGGAUGCUAUGAUCACGAAAAGCUUCAAUAAACUCAUAUCAUUACCAGGAGAUGAUUUGUCUCAAAUAUAUGAUAUUUUUAUUCAAAAUCCUAGAAAAGUAUUUACAAAAAUUUUCUUCCUAGCCUCAGAGAGCAUUCAGCAAACCAAUAUUAUGGCAAAAGUGAUGAUAUUCCUGCAAAAAUACUCUCAUUACAGAUAUGAUAAUGAAAAUGAAAGCUCUGUGUUCAUGGUAACAAAAGAGAUAAUUAACAAUAAUUUUGAAAGUGAAGCUCAAGCAAAUAACAUUAUAACAUUUAUUGAUGAGUUAAAAUCCCAGGAAUUAUUACCGGAAUUGAAGCUGCUUAACAUGAUUAUACUGCCAAGCAUUGAAUUAGGAUUAAAAAAUAAUGACAUUGAUAAAAUACAUUUUCACUGCAAGCUCUUACAUAAAACAUAUAAGCCAUCGGAGAUAAUGCAGCACAGAGCACCAAUGUUGAUUAUGUUGGCGCAGAUACUGAACCAUAUGCGUUGGAAAUUAAAUACAUUUAUGGCGUUUAAACCUAAUAUUUUAGACACAGUCCUGGAUAUUGUAACAUCAAUUUUUAAUACCUAUGAUUCUAAUAUACCAGAAAAAGACAGGGAAUGGUUGAAAAAGAAACUAAAGAAUAUGAAUCCUCUAAAUAUGUACUUCUAUAGACAUCUAUGGGGCCCACCGGGCAAUUCGUUCAUAGAAACAAUAAGCGGUAUAUCUAUCAAUGAAGAGGUAAAUCAAGAAAGAUUAGCACUCUGGCUCUCACAGCAAUUUUGCUCCACCACCCUUCGAGAAUGGAUUGCAAUGUGGGAAAGUUUAGUACAAUUCAAAGCUUCGAAGAUCUUAAAUCUCUUCCAUGCUGCUGUUAUGAUAAUAGUAGUGACUGAGAAGAACUAUCGUACAGAACACACCGAAGCUUGUAUGUUGUACUGCCUUAAAAAUUAUGUAUCUUGUAUGAAAAAUAAAUAUCUACAGCCUCCUUUAAAUGACACCAAAGUAUUAAAUGCUGCAAGUAAAUUGACGGCUUUGGAAAAUCAAAUUGAAACCAGUGAUAUUGAAGAAAUAAAACCAAUAUUUCUACCUAUAUUUUCUUACAUAGCAGAACGAAAGGAUGAUUAUACAAUAGACAUUUCUUUAAGUUUAUUGGAUAAGCUAAAACAUGAAGUUAUUAAGGAUUCAAGUAAAUACUUUAAUGUUAAAAGUUAA